CAAUAAUGUCGAAACAAUUGAAGGUUUUCUUGCGAAAAGAGUUGAAUUUCAGGCUUUCUUCUGUGUCCCAGAGAAGUUUGGAUGCACAGGCAUCUAAUGUCUACAGUAUUUUGAAAGAUCUACCAGUCUAUCAAAGAGCAAAGUCGGUUGCGAUUUACAUGUCAAUGCCCUCAAAAGAAGUACCAACUUUGAGCAUCAUUAAACACUUAUUUGGUGAUGAUAAAUUUGUGUUUUUGCCAAAGUGUUUUAUUAAUUUGAACGAAAUCAAUGAAAGCGCCAGUGAUAAGUACAUAACAGAAAAAUCAUUGCUAAAUAACUACUACGAAAAAUAUUACUUACCAGUUGAUUUUGAUCAAGAUUGCAAACCUGAGAGAAAUACAAUGAUGUUUUUUCAAAUGAACUCGUUUGAUGAUGUCUUGGAUUUAAAGCCUUCAGGCAAGUACAAAUUAAAGGAACCUAGUGGUAUAAAUCAAAAGGAAAUAUUUGACUCUCAAAUCGGUUUGGAUUUAAUAAUAAUGCCUGCAAUGGGUUAUGAAAUCACGAAUAAAAAUACUCAAAUUAAAAGGCUAGGACAUGGGGCAGGAUUUUAUGAUAGUUUUGUUCAUAAACUCCAUAGACAGAGCAAAUUGAAAGCUACAUAUUUAUUAGGAAUAGGUUUAAAAGAACAACUAAUUGAAAAUAUUCCAUAUGAAAAACACGAUGUUUAUUUAGAUGGUCUAAUUGUAGAUGAUAUAUUUUAUGAAUCCACUGAUUCUUCUUAUGAAUAAAUCACUAGUAACAAAUAGUUUUUCAUAGAUCAUAAAUAACCGAACUAUCAACUAAUAAUCUAGAUUUACUAUUUUCGAUUUUAGAAUGAACGCAAUAUUUAUCCUUUUUACUAUUUUCCUUAUUAGAAAUUUUUUCUAUUUUGCUUUUAAUAACAAUAAAAUUAUUCGCA